UCCAUCCUUCAUGGAACCAUGCUUGUAGAUCAUACAGAAUAACAUAUGCAUAGAAGUGUAGACACUUCUUUCCUAAUAUAGUAAAUUUGUAAGAUGAUGUCUGUAUCAUUCCAGAUAUUUUAAAUGAUUAUCCUGAAAUCUUCACUUCCUUGUAUAGUGGAUUGUUAAUUAUUAGUCUGUAUUCCUAAUUUUUGCUGAUGGAUUUUUAUAUAUCCAAAAAAUCUGAAAAAGUAUUUGAAAUUUUCCUUUGGGAAACUAGUCAGUUAAUUGUUACAUAGUGUUAACCUAUUGCUAUUAGAGCCGCAUUAAGCUUUUUAUUGCAAAACAGUUCAAGAAUUAUUGCAGAAUUUAUUAUCCAGCUUUUUGAAUACAGAAUAUUGCUCUUAGAAUGUACAUGUCAAUUUUAGGAUCAAAUUCUGAAGGAGAAUGAUCUUUUUUAACAUUAAAUUACAUUAAAAAUCAUUUAAGAUCUAAUUUGUCUGAAACAAAAUUAUCAUAUUUAUCUGUACUUUCCAUAGAAAGUGAAAUAUUAAAACAGUUGCCAGUUGAGAAAAUUGUAGAACUGUGUGGAAAAGUCUAUAUAAAAUAAACUGGCUGAACAAAAACUUAAUGUUCUAUUUUAAUUCUCAUAACUUCUAUUAUCUCAAUUUUUAAUUUUGUAGACUCUUAAUUUUUCUUAGGCCCUAGGCACUGUGCCUGAUGGAUAAGACAGCACUGAUUGCUUUGCAGAUCUAGGUUGAAAUUUAAUUCAGAUCUAUAAUAUGUUAGGUAGAGUGGAUUGGAGCAUUGUAUCCAUCUUGGAUGAGGAUCAAUACUGAUCCAUAUGUACAGUACAUGGAUUGGUAUGAGUGAGGGAUUGGAAUUUUAGUAAUUUUUAAUCAUUUCUCAUUUAAUUAUAUUUAAAAUUAAAUUAAAAUUAUAUGAAUUUCCAAUAAAAUUGAACAUUUUGUAUUUUAUAUACUAGACUAUAAAUAAUUUAACAGUUGUGGGGAUGGAUGUUAAGCAAGAAACUUCAGAAAUUAGCACCACUGCAGAGUGCCCUCCUGAAAGUAUAUUACAGACAGCCAUACAGUCUACUCUACCAUCUGGCACAACAUUCCAACCUGUUCACAUAGUCCAGACGCAGGAGGGAACCGUACUCACUGCUGAUUCUCUAGAUGCAUUAAAUGGAGUAGUCAUUAGCGUCGGGACACCAGAAGUUCAGUCACAACAGUAUUGUGGUAAAGUAUGGCAGGUGGUGCAACCCAGCGUUAAUUCAGGAAUAACUCAUAUUAUUCAUUUAAGUCCUGAAGAAGUGACUACAAAAACUGAAGAAAAACCGGUUGAAGAAACUUCAUGCGAAAUUAACCAGGUGGAAUGUAAAAGCGAAAAGCAAGACAUCAUCACUUCUCUCUUGUUGUCUCCAUCUCUGCAGAAUUCCUCUAUCGAUGCUCCUCAGUGGGCCCUUCGUAUGCGAGACUGCGAACAUAUUGGAGAUUCCUACAGGGGAUGGGUUUCUUCAGAAGUGGAGCUUGACCUCCUCCUUGCCUAUCACAAGCAAGAAACACAAUCAUUUUGGGGUACACGCCAAUCUACCGGAGUCCAUCGAAACUCUCUUAGAUUAAUGUGGAAAUCACAAUACGUGCCAUUUGAUGGAAUUCCAUUCAUUAAUGCCGGAAGUCGAGCAGUAGUCAUGGAAUGCCAGUAUGGACCUCGGAGGAAGGGAAGCUCUUGGAAGAAACCUACAGAAGGAUUGCAGAAGGGGGAAUUUAAGCAAACUUGUCCAGCUAGGAUAUAUAUAAAAAAAGUCAGAAAGUUUCCAGAAUAUCAAGUUAAUUUAACAUUAGAUAAAAAGAGCUUAAGAGCAGCUAUGGAAAAAGCAUUUUUAGAUUUAAAAUCGUCUGGUUUUGAAGGUCAUGGAGAAGAUAGGUGGUACAUUCAGCUCCCUACAGAACUCGCUCAUGAAUUUCAUGAGGGACCACCUUCCGGAAGAACGUCAUCUCGCAGAGCUUCUCACACACAGCACCAACCAACUAUGGAAACUGAAAUUAAAACGGAAAUUCCUUCGUGUUCUAAACGUCUCUCUCGUAUUCAUCCCCAGUUGGUCGAGAAAAUUCGUGAUCUAGUCUCCCACGGUGAGGUUCGAGUAUUUGCCAUAAGAAAGCAGUUAAGGAAAUUUGUUGAAAGAGAGAUGUUUCAAUCACAAGAGUCACUUCCAGAACGUCACAAUCUUUGUUAUUUUCCCACCAUCCAUGAUAUUCAGAAUCAUAUUUGUGAAGCAUUAAAAGAUAUUCGAUUAGGAUCAUUACCUCUACUUGCUCCAAGUUUAAAUAUUGAAGUUCAAGGACAGAAGCAGGAAGAUAUAAGUGAUGAAUCCAGUGUUAUUAAUGUAGCCUCAACAGGAGAACCACACCUACAAACAAUUACUGUAACAUUAAGUCGCAGUAUUGAACCUGGUCAAGCGCCAGUAAUUUCUAGAAUAGAAGCCCAUCUCAGUGAUGGCAGUACUCGCGUCAGUUCGACUCUAACUCCGGAAACUUUUGAACUCCUAAGUAGACUUCACCCGUCUGUAUUUCCUCCUGGCAGUCUCAUUCAGUUGGCCGAAACCAAUCAGACCUGUCCAACUGAGGUCACUCAGACGCAGCUUACACCUGUAUGUCCAUCAGAUGCAGAAUUUUGCAUCAUACCUCAGCAGUCCAAUUCAACAAAUUGUAAGAUGGAUGCCAAAGAUUCUCUGCCAAAAACUUUAACCAUAGAAAGGAAUGAUCAGGUGAUGACUGAGACCCCCAUUCAAAUAUGCGAAAUCAAUCUCCAGGAUAUAGGAGCAACCAUCUCACGCCCCGUUAUUUCAGGUAAUUUUAAAUGCCACUAAAUUAAUUUGCAAUAUGAUUUGCAGACUUGACUGAGAAUAAUUUUUUUUAACACAGGUCUAGAAAAUAGUUGAAAAUAAAACAGCAAAGUAAUUAGCCAUUAACUUGCACAUUUGUUUAUGUAUAGUCUCAAUUUGUAAUCAAUGUUAUUCAAGAUCUUUAGGAUUUUAAAAUUAUUGACAUUCCAUUUUUCGCUUACAAGUGAUUGGCCCAAACCAUUUCAUCAAUUUGAGUCCGAAAGCUAGAGGUCGUUUUGUGAUACUUGCCAUCCCCGACCUUAAAGAAAUGAAGAUUUUGACAGAGAAGAUACAUUUUAAAUGUACAAGACUCUGUAAAUAAGUAUGAAAGAUUUAAAUUUAAGAAAUUCUUGGAUAGAGCAAACCACUAUAUCAAAUUCCAUUGAUAGAAUGGUUUCUUGUACUGAAUCAGAUUUGAAAACUUGUUAUUCACGUUUAUUAAAUAUCUUUGUUUCACUCAUUGCACACUCAUAUUUUUGUUAGGGCAUUUUGCAAUUUCAUCUUCUCUUCUUAAGAAUGUACGUAGUACUCAUAGACAUUUUUUGAUCUUCAGCUUCCAAUUUUGUCCUGUCGUGUGUGUGCAACUAAAAAUUUAUUAUCCUACUUAGAGACAAAAUGGAUUAGCGCAAGGAUACUUAAUAAAUGUGAAAACUACAUUUCUGUUUUACUCAUAAGGAUUUUAGAUUAGUGAUUUAAAAUUUAAUGAGAUUUUGUAGUACAGGAUGGAAAAGUCACUUAACACCCUGCUACAGAAUAUAGAAUGUACCCAAAGUUAAUUUGCUCAUGUCAGGAACACAUUAGACCAGGGAAAAACAGAUUGGUGUGUGUUACAUGUUGUUGCAUCUUGAAUGCAACAACAAAACUGUAAAUGGGAAGGAGGUCAUGUGACACACAUUUAGGGUCAGAAUUUCACAAGGAAUUGAUUGCCAAAAGAUUUUAUCAACCUACCUUCAACGGUUACAGAGUUAUGUUACAUGAUGUGCUCAAUGUACUGUACAUUCUUUGAGUAAAUUCUAUAUUCUGUAGCAGGGGUGUUAAUUGACUUUCUUUCUCAUCCUGUGUAAUACAUGAUAGUCCAAAAGUUAGUUGACUAAGACAUAUUUUUAAAAACGGUUUGGCUCCCAACGUGAUGGGAGCCAAAAUUAGGGCAAUGAAGAGACCGGCCAAACUCCGAGAACUGAUGAGGCAAAAAGAGAGAAUUAACUCCAUAUUAUUACAGUGGAGCGUCGAUUAUCCGAAUCAAUUGGGGACUGGGGUUGUUCGGAAGAUUGACGUUUCGGAUAACCGAUUAUGUACGAAAAAAUAUAUUAAUUUAUCCCAUCUUGACAUU